GACACGAAGACAAGAUCGCUCACAAUGCGUGUUAUUAUGAGAACUCCAUCAAACAGAGGCAUUUCGGGACCUUCUUAGAAAAGAAAAGAAGCAAAAAUUGCUUUCAGACUCACGUUGAUUGAAUACAAGAAAUAUCUUAUCCCUCCUCAAAAGACCAGUUUUCUGUAGCAACUUUGAACUUUAAGAAUUUGUCUUUGAUUUAUCCCACAAAUUUUCUGAGAGUAUGCUCUUCAAAGGCACUGGGAAUCGACAGAAGCUUUUGGUUGCGUUGAGCUUGUUUGCAUGUAUAGCCGUCACUUUAGUUUUAUAUCAUGAAGAGAGUGAUAUUUUGGACAUAGGCUGGAAGAAGAAACCAGACUAUGCCCCUGGCACUGGACUGCGUGAAAAGUCCCGUAAAGUUCUUCUUCCAUUGGGUUCUCAAAUCCCAGAACAAGUGCUUCGUGACCAUCUAAGAGGAACAUCUAGUGAACACUGGGAAUCUUUCCAGCUUCCUGAAGCAGAGGUUUUGGUAACACCGCCGCAUAAGCCAGGUGACUUUAAGAUCUACGAUUCCCUUCUAUACGCGGCCUCGCCAGGCGCAACAUGUGCAGAGAAUGAGCACAAAUUCAAGUUGGGGGCUGAUGACAGCCAGCACAUGGCGCUUAAUCAGAGCCGAGUAUUCGAGAUUUUUUUCGACGAGGCCGACACAUACGACGAUUCGUAUAACCAGCAUUUGCGGGGGUUUUUAGAGGAGUACAUGACAGAAAACAAGGAGAUUCAACAUUGGUAUAGAUUUUCCGGGUCUUCAGUGUGGCUAAGCGAUUACAACGUGCACUUGGUUGUGUCUCGCAUGAUUUUGAGUAAAACAGGCUCCAGAAAAAACCCCGAAAUCAGUUUGACUCUAGCGCAAAUUUUCGACGAGCUGUGGCAAGAAGUGCCGGACGUGAGAGUGGUUUUCCCCAGCAACACAGUGGAGAAUGCACCCGGGUUUCGUGUCGGUAACCAAGAUUAUCACCUGUAUCGGUUUCCUCGCUUUCUCCCCAUACCUUUUCCGUUCAAAACAAAAAGAAAAUACUGGGGGUCUGAAGACCCGCGUGUCACGUUGGUACGAAGCAAGCAAGGCCACGAGGAGCCGGUGGUGGUUUUCAACGCAUACCAUGAACAUCAGCUGGACACAGGAGAGGGUAUUGAACUCCAUGGCUUCCGGUCUAUUUUCAUGAGUUUGCCGUUUCAGGUUCAGAAAGGAAAGCAAAUCGAAGGGGCAGACACGGAUCAAACCAGAGACAUGUGGUUUACGCGGACCAAGCAGCUUCACGUACAAGGCGAACAGGACAAGAAGGUGGAAAAAAAUUGGAUCCCUUUUGUCAGCGGAGCCGGCGCUCACCAUGAGCAUGUGCUGAUGCUCACCCUGUUGGACCCACUUAAAAUCAUCACAUGUGAGCUUUGGACAGACAAUGGUAUUUGUGCGUCCGAGACCUCCACCAACGACGACUCCGUAAGCCCGCUUCGAGGUGGCACGCCGUUAUUGAGCAUCAAGACAAUCGAUUCUGAAGACACGGAGUAUUUUGCCGGCAUUGCCCGCGCACAUUUGAAUGACUGUGGCUGCGGCCAUGAUUUCUACAGACCGAACCUCAUAGUGGUGUCCCGCAAAGGCAAAACAUGGAGCCUCAGCCAUGUUUCCUCGUCACUUGAUCUCGGUAUCACAGACUUGCUUCCCAGUCCCAAGAGUAGAGUCUGUGAGCAGGAUAGCGUGAUUAUUCCAAAUGGUAUCGAAUUCUGGGAUCUCGACAGGGACCUUAUGAGUGUGUAUGUCUCUGCCUCUGACGCAACUGUUGAACGGGUGCUUGUUACCGGGUUGCUCCAGGCAAUUGAGGACUCAAUGGUUUGGAAGAACAAUGAAACUGAGAGUUUGCUGGACACUGUGAAAUGCGCUUUGGAAAGCAGCCGGGAGUUUUGCAGAAAGUUUGGCAUAGAGGAUUUCGCUGCCUUUGAAAAGGCUAAUGAAAUAUGAUGUGACCAGAAGUCGUGGAUAUUAUCAAUAAACUCAGUGAAAGAGAGCCUUUAAACUGUACCUUGAGAAGACACAGAAUUGACCAUGCGUACUGAAAUGCCAAUCUUACCGACAGGAGCUGUGAUGAUAUGCUCCACGAAAAUCUCUUGCGUAAGCUUUCUUAUGUAUUGUACUUAUGAUUUAGACUCAGUAUGUUUGGGCAAAUCAACAAUAAAAAAGCACAAGGCCAUGUCCUAAUAAUAAUUCGAAACAAAAAGCGAUCGAUGUCAAUGCGCUGACAAGCCAGAAUAAGAUCAUGUUUCACUGAGAUUCUAAACAACCAGCGGGUGGGGGAUUUUGGGGACGUAUCUUGCAAAUAAGACUGGUCUGACUAGCUAGCAAAACAGGCUUCUCGGAAUCUUCUCACUGGACUUCGAUGCGAGGCCGGCCUGCACACAGGC